GUGUCCUGCCAGACUUGCAAACUUCUGAAACAGUUGGACAUGGUAGUUCAUACCAAAAGCCACUUGGGCACUGAAGUAGCUGAAAUGAGAAAGAGGCAGCAGUCACAAAAUGAAGGAACAUCAGCUGUGUCUCAAGCACCUGGAAACCAAAGGCCCAACAAUACAUGUUGCUUUUGUUGGUGCUGUUGCUGCAGCUGUUCAUGCCUCACUGUUAGGAAUGAAGAUAGAGGAGACAAUGCAGGAAGGCCAACACAUACGACCAAACUGGAGAGUAUCCAGGUCAUAGAAGAAUGCCAAAACCCUACUGCAGAUGAAAUUUUGUCUUGGGCUCAGAAUUUUGACAAGAUGAUGAAAACACCAGCUGGGAGGAACCUUUUCAGAGAGUUUCUCAGAACAGAGUAUAGUGAGGAGAACCUGCUUUUCUGGCUCGCAUGUGAAGAUCUAAAGAAGGAACAGAACAAGAAAGUUAUUGAAGAAAAAGCAAGACUUAUAUAUGAAGAUUACAUUUCAAUACUAUCACCAAAAGAGGUUAGUCUUGAUUCCCGGGUGAGAGAAGUGAUCAACAGAAACUUAUUGGAUCCCAGCCCUCACAUGUAUGAAGAUGCCCAGCUCCAGAUAUACACUUUAAUGCACAGAGACUCUUUUCCAAGGUUCUUGAACUCUCAGAUUUAUAAGUCUCUUGUUGAAAGUAUUACAGGCUCUACUUCUGAAACUUAA